AUGCUUCCAUAUCAGAACGAUUCCUGGUGGGACAGCAUCUCGAAUCUGAAAUCCAAGACCAUGAAGACCCUGAAAAUGGGUGAUGGAGUUGCUGUUCCGAUGGCAGCUCCUGCGACGUUACAGAAGCAGAAAUCAGAAGCAGCAUUGAAGAAACACGCCGUGGACGAGCGCCGCCGUCGCCGGCGCAUCAACACCCAUCUCAGAACUCUCCGACACCUCCUCUUCCCAACAUCUUCCUCCAAAGUGGUGAAGGCAGCUGUGCUGAAGGAAGCGGUCCGUCGAGUGAAGGAGCUGAAGAAGAUGGCGGAGGUGGAGGCGGGCGGAGAGUGGUGGCGCGGCGGCGGAGCCACCUGGUCGUUCAUGUUCCCCGGCGAGAGCGACGAGGCGACGGUGAGUUACUACAAAGGUAGAGAAGGCAAGGCGGUGGUGAAAGCCACGGUUUGCUGCCAGGACAGGCCGGGGUUGAACCAGGACUUGAGCGAGGCGGUGCGGAUGAUCGGGGCAAGGGUUGUCGGGGCGGAGAUGGCGACGGUCGGUGGCCGGACGAAGGCCGAGGUGGUGGUGCAGUGGCUGGACGGCGGCGGGGGGGAGGAUGUUGGGUCACUGCGGCGGGCCUUGAAAGCGCUGGUGGAGAGCCGGGCUUUGGGCUACUCGGGUUUGGGCCUGGUGGUUAAUGGCUAUCCUGGUGCAUGCAGUGGCAAAUGA